AUGGCAGCAGUGGCCAACGGCGCUGCGUCCACAGACGCUGCUGCAGCUGCAGCAGUUCCAGCUGAGGCUCAAGACCCAGGCUCCUACCCGCUCGCGGCGCAGAUCCCGCUAAAGUCGUUCCAACUGCCGGCGUUCCCUCCCCAAGCCUCGCGGUUAAGGGAACUCACACUCACGGCGGACAUCAAGCUCGACGAAUACCAAUCCAUGGUGCAGACACCGCCAGACGCCAUCAUCACGCAGCCACCGCUAGACGAGCUCCCGCAAUCCAUCACGCACCUCACCUUUGAGCUCUUCGGCCUCGGGUUCCCCGGCACACCGCCCUUCCUGACGCGCCUCGCGCGCUCCCUGCCCAACAUCCGCAGCGUCACGUUCUUCAGCUGCCUGAUCGACGGCCUGGACGAGCACUCGCGGCGCGACGCCGAGAAGUUCUUCUCCCUCGUGGCCCCGAACCUGAAGGAGUUGCACGUCAUCGACUCGUUCGCGCGACCUGGCUUUUUCACGGCCGUGGGGGCGGAGCUCGAGAAGCACGCCUCCCUUGAACCCACUCAGGGGUUUAAGCUGGUCGACGUGUCGUACACGUUCCGCGGGCACGAGGACUCGGACUUCCUGGCCCGCGUGCAGGGCGAGGAUUUGUCGAGCCUGGUCGUCAAGGGCAUGGUCGGCGCGUCGUUUGACUUUGUCCCCCAGCGGCGGGACGAGCUGCAGGAGGCCGAGGCCGACGAGGAGGGCAAGGACAAACCCCUGGGGAAAUUGAACGAGGGUGUCCUCCCCUUUGCGUGCGACGGGCGGGCGCCCUCCGCCGCGAGGAAACGCUUCGAAACCCUCAGUCACGGGGGCGAGCUCAAGGACCUGAAAAUCCUCAACUUGGCCAUGUGGUCGUUGAGGCCCGCCGAGGUCGGGCACGUCGUGUAUGCUUGUGCCGGGGGCGCGCGCCCGGGUCUCGCCGACUUGACCGUGAGCGUGCUGCUCGAGGAUGGGUGGGUCGAGAAACUCGCUAGCGGGUUGGACCAGGGUGGCGUGGCGGCCGAGUUGGAGAGCCUGGAACUCGUGGGCGUGCCGGAUCGGGCCGAGGAGGAGGGCGACGAUUGGAAGGCUGGGCUGAAGGUCGUGACGAAGGAGGAUGUCGAGAAGAUCGCGAGGGGCGCGCCCAAGCUGGCCAAGGCCGGUAUGAGUAUUUUGAAGGUCAAGACCGCGCCGAAUGUCUUGUUCUAUAAAACUGAGGGGGAGGGUUGGAAGGAGAGGUGA